AUGGAGGCGAUCAUGUGCAAGCCCGUGUAUGAAUGCCUCCUGUUUGGUAAGUUUUGGGACAUGUUUAUUUUAUUUUUUUAUUUAAAAAAAAAAACUUGGGAGAAAUCCUAUGUCUUCUUCCUCCUCCUCCUCCUCCUCCUCUUCAUGUUGCAUGAUCAAGACCUGAGCACAGGAAGUACUCUUAAAACUCUCUUGGACUGACUAGAUUCUGUGGAUUUCUUUCUCUACAAUUGCUCCAGACCUGGACGACACCCUCUAUCCCUUGAGCCUGGGCAUCAAUUCGGCCUGCCGUGAGAAUAUAGAAGGUGGGUUGGAUCACAGACCAAUCCCCCCGUUAGAACUCUUUGAAAUCUUAUUUUCCCGAUUAAUUCUAAUAUGCCUGUACUGAUCCCCAGAGUAUAUGUUGAAUCAUCUUAACAUUGACCGAGAACUGAUCCCGAAGCUGUGCCUGGAGCUGUACAAGGAGCAUGGGACAACGAUGGCCGGCCUCAAGGUAAUAACAACAAUCUCCCAUCAUAUACCAAAAAAGGAAAAUAAAUCUGGGAUAAACCUCCCCUCCUCCUCAUAAUUCUCCAGGCUCUGGGCUAUGAAUUUGACAACGACGAGUACCACGCAUAUGUUCAUGGAAGGCUGCCCUACGAGAAAUUGAAGCCGGACCCGGUGCUCAGGAACCUUCUCCUCUCGAUGCCCCAGCGGAAAAUAGUAUGCCCGUAUUAAAAAAAUCAGUGUUUAUUCAUCAGAUAAAUAAAAAAAAAGAAUUUCCCUCUAAUAUCUGUCUUUGAUCGGUCAUCCAGGUCUUCAGCAAUGCCGACCAGAACCAUGCUGCUAUAGUCCUCAGUAAGAUGGGCCUGGAAGGCUGCUUUGAAGGGGUCAUAUGCUUUGAGACUCUCAACCCAGCAGCUCCUCUCACCGACAACAAGACCUUGGAAAUCUCUGUGGAGCCACCAAGUGGCUGCGGCUCGCUCCCACCGCUGCCGCCCAAGUCAAAGAUUCUCUGCAAGCCAUCAGUGGAAGCCAUGGAAGCCGCCUGCCAGAUUGCAGGCAUCGACCCAAAAAAAACGGUAAGAUGGGCUAAAGAGGACUUUCCUUUAUUCUGGGUUCCAUGACGAGUUGACUAAGAACGCCGCCUGUUUAUGAGCAGAUAUUCUUUGACGACAGCCCUCGGAACAUCACGAGCGGGAAGUCUGUGGGUCUCCACACCGUCAUUGUGAGUUCAAUUUCUUCAUGCAUUAUAUCCAAGACGGGUUCCAGAAAUAAGGAGGGCGGGGGGGAUAAAAAAAACUGAUGAUCUCUCACUUAAUUAGAAUUUAGGACCUUUAUUGAAUUCAGCCCAAGGGCUUUGUUCAUCAUUUUAAAUUUUUUUAAUUUCUUUCACAUAAUUAGAAUUUAGGACCUUUAUUGAAUUCAGCCCAAGACCUUUGUUCAUCACAUAAUUAGGAUUAAAAAAAAUUCAUUGGAUUCAAAUCAUUUUAUUUUGAUUUACCUCCCCUGGAAGAUAAAAUAAAAAGGCUCAUGUGUUCAAUUGAUUUUUAGAAUAUAAAAAGCAGGUUGGGAGAAAUAAUUCAGCAGGCGGUGGGUCCUUGCGCAUCCUAGAACUUGAAUGGAUUGAAAUAAUUUCAUCUAGAAUUGCGACCCACCAACAAUCUGAUCAGAACAUAAAAUAAAAAAUAAAAAUAAAUAAGAUUAAACCACCCUGACAAAUUAAGAUUAAAAAAAUUGCCAUAUCCUCUGUUGAUCCAGAAUAGAAACCCUCCUGAUCCUUGGAGAUGAAUGCAGAUUGGGAGCUCGGCACCAGUCCCUGGCGCAGACUUGGCCCUCGAAAGCAUCCACAACAUCAAGGAAGCUCUUCCCGAGAUCUGGGAAGAUGUGGACCAGCUGGAGCUCGUCGUGCCCCCCAGUGCCAUCGAGACUGUGGUCCUCGCAUGA